AUGGCUGCUCCAUCAAUUCGUCCGUUCUUUCUGCCAAUGAUUGGUAUUUUUUCAAUAAUCGUGGGGUACUUCCUGAAUGUAAAAAGCUGGCAUUUCUAUGAAACUCUGGUUUGUUUGAUUAUCAUCUCGAUCAAAUGGAAGAUAGAGGAAAACGAAUCGUUGAAACUGGAGCAACUACCGGCCAAAUUCGAAAACGCCCUCAAAGAUGUGCGCGAAGAAAAAGAGGCGGUCGACAAGUUGAAGGUAAGGGUUUUACAAUUUUUAUUAUAAAGCCUGCGUGAGUACAUAGCUCCUAAUCUAUUUUUUAGUCAGUUUCUGUGAUUUUUUGUCCUUUUUAUUUAUUUUUUUGAUUGCACAGUGCAUCUACAUUUUUAGCCUAUUUUUGCCACUGCACAGUGCGAUCGAUCUUUCAGGAUUUUACAAAUUUAUUUGAACAAAACAAAAAAAAAACUAAAAAAGAAAUGUAAUUUCUGUUUUCCUCGAAUUCUGUCUCAAAAUUACAAGUAGAAUUUUGAAAUUCAAAUUUCCCGCCAUUUUUGGCAUUUUGUUCAAACAAUUGCAGAGUGGUAAAACAUAACAUAUAUCGCAAAGAUACUUAUUCUGGACCAUCUAGACGCAUGUUCUACUACUGAAUAUUUAUAAACUCUUUUUACGUAUUUUUAGUGGACAUGAAACAGAAUGCCAAAGUUUGAGAGAAGUUGAAAUUUCAAAUAGCCGGAAGGUCAAACCCUAAAAUCAAAUUGUUUUUGGUGUUUUUCAUAGCUUUGGAACACUUUUUCAUACAGUCAGCUACGUCUAGUCCGCUUACAACAGAAUGCCAACUUUGGCGGGAACUUAAAAAUUCAAAGAUACUUGAAUUUUGAACUUACAAGGAAUGGUCUGAACUUCCCUCGGAAUUCCGGAAAAUAACUAGUAUAGGUAAAUAGAGCAGGUCAACUUUGGUAAAAAUAGUCAUUAAUAUCAGAAAAUGACUUUUUUACCAAAGUUGAACUGCUAUAUCCACCUGUACUAGUCAUUUUCCCGAAUGCCGGAGGAAGUUCAGACUAUUCCCUUGUAAGUUCAAAGUUUAAGAUUUUUUGAAUUUUUAAAUUCCCGCCAAAGUUGGCAUACUGUUUUACGCGAACUAGAAGUGGCUGACUAUAUGAAAAACUGUUGCAAGGCUAUGAAAAGCACCAAAAACAAUCUAAUUUUGGGGGUUCGAUCUUCUGGCUAUUUGAAAUUUCAACUUCUCGCUAACUUUGGCAUUCUGUUUCGGUGUCACAAAAAAUAAGUUAAAAUAUAUUUACAAGGGAAGUACCCGAAGUGCGACGCUCAGAUUUUUAUAAAAAUUGGCAUAGAUGGAGAUUAGAAUUUUCUUAUUCGAUUGCGAACAUCCUAGAUCGCGCUUUGCAGAAUCCGCCGUGAAAGAAGGGCCGGAACAUCGAAAAAAAUCUUCAAAUGCCGACGAAUUUCCCUGCAAAUUCUCUUGAUCUUGGCAUUCCGUUCCAGAAGAAAAAUAUUUUUUCUCGCAAGAAAUUUCUUCUUUAUAAUUUUCAAGACUAUUUUGUUGCUUUUAUGUGGAAUAUUGUGUGUUAUUUUCACUUUUUUACACUCUGGACAUGAUUCUAGCGCUAUUAAUUGGAUUGUCGCCAUCCGAGGGGUAAAAUGUUUCGUCCUUUGACGAAUUUAUACAGUUUUUCCUCUGCAGAUGGGCAAACCACUCUAAUAGUUGCUUUAAAGCUGUUUAGGAGAGAUGCAAACGUUCUACGGUCGUGUAUGAACAUAAUCUUAAAGUAAGUGUUACAAAAACUUUAUUAUUUUUCAGUGAGCAAAUUCUGAACAACAACAAGAGCGAAUGUACACCAUCGGAACACUGACGGAACUCCUUGGGACCUUUACUUUGUUUUCUGAAAUGACAUAAACGGAAAAAUAGUGAAAAAAUAAAAUUUUUGUAACACUUACCUUAUGACUACGUUCCUACACGACCAUAGAAAGUUUGCGUCUCUCCUAAACAGCUUUAAAGCAACUAUUAGAGUGGUUUGCCCAUCAGCAGAGGAAAAACUGUAUAAAUUCGUCAAAGGACGAAACAUUUUACCUCUCGGAUGGCGACAAUCCAAUUAAUAGCGCUAGAAUCAUGUCCAGAGUGUAAAAAAGUGAAAAUAACACACAAUAUUCCACAUAAAAGCAACAAAAUAGUCUUGAACAUUAUCAAGAAAAAAUUUCUUGCGAGAAAAAAUAUUUUUCUCUUGGAACGGAAUGCCAAGAUCAAGAGAAUUUGCAGGGAAAUUCAUCGGCAUUUGAAGAUUUUUUUCGAUGUUCCGGCCCUUCUUUCACGGCGGAUUCUGCAAAGCGCGAGCUAGGAUGUUCGCAAUCGAAUAAGAAAAUUCUAAUCUCCAUCUAUGCCAAUUUUUAUAAAAAUCUGAGCGUCGCACUUCGGGUACUUCCCUUGUUAGUUUAAUAGUAGACCAUGUAUCUGGAUGGUGCAGAAUAAGGAGUUCAGACUAUUCCGUCGUUAUAAAUGGCCUUGAAAAGUAAAAUUUACCCUUUCAGGAAGUAUGUGGGAAAGUUCCCAAAGCGGACGCCUAUUAUUUCGACAAGCCAUGCAACACCUUGUUCUACCUGAUCCAAAAACCCGACAAUGCUUCUCCAGACUACUGCAGUGAACUGAUCUACUUAAAAAACUUGACAACCGGACUCACUAAAGAGCUUUUUACCUCCCGCAACCAUCGAGAAGACCGGAUUCCGCCAAAAAUCACGGCCGAUGGAGAGAACAUCUUUGUUCGCUCGCAUAAGGACUUCCUCGUCUACUACAAUGUCAAGGAGAACAUUCUGCGCCGAAAGGGAGUCUAUUUCGACAUUGAACACAUGCAGGCUAUUGGAAAUCGGGUUCUGGUUGUUGGGGAGAAGAAAUUUGAGGUUUACAAGGUCAAACAGAGAUUUGAGGAUGUCGCUAACUAUCGGAUUGAUAGUCCAUGUCAUCUACAUGACGGCGUGUUUGUAUUCAGCCGCGAUUCCUAUCUUGGGGUCAGUUUUUAGAGUCUAUUCGACCUAUAAAGUCCUUUAAUUGGGGAUUUUCGAAAAUUUUUAUAUUAUACAUGACAUUGAUACAAAAAAAUGGUUGUAAUAGCAUGUAGGAAUGUCCGAUUGGCCUGAAAUUUGGAAUAUAUGCAGCUCCUGGUUCAACAAUGCUAUUUUGAUAUUUUCAGGACGAAAUUAAAAUAUCCCAUAGACUUAUGACAGUUUUAAGUUCAAAAAAUCUUGAUAUAAUUUAUGAAAAUUUCAGGUGACUUCGAUGGAAAAUGAUAAUCUUCGCUUCAAGCAGACAAAUGUUUCCGUCUCUUCAGAUGUCAAAAUCACUCGCAAAUCAAACCAUGUCUUCGAAUUGGAGCAAAAAGGCAGAAAAGAAGACUACCUACUGGAAUAUUCCGAUGGAAAGCCCACCCUAACCCUAUUGAAUUCCAAUGCAGUGAACAAAAAACCUGAAUCCUCAAAGGCAAGAUUCUUACAUCGUAUCUGGCAAGGAGUCGUAAUUCGAUUUUGGGUAUUUUUGGUCGGUCUUGCGAUCAAAGAAUUGUUUGAGGUGGUCAAUGUGCCAUUACCAGCGGCAUUUUGA